CACACACACACACACACACAGACACACACACACUCACAGCAGGGUAGUUGUCGUUUAUCGGCACUCUUCUGCAGCGGGUGCAGCUUUGUCAGUGACCGAGUCUUCUGAGAGGAUUAAUGCAGACUAAAGGUGGAGCAAAAAUGUGAAGGUUUGUGGUGGACGGGAGUGUAAUCCUUUGAGCUCUCAGAGAGACAGACAGAGAUGGAAAUGACGAACUCUUUGCUGUCGGACUUGGUGCAUUUUGGGAAAGAACUGAUGGGCUGAAGAAUACAUUUUCCCCACUAAUGGGAGCUGGGAAUGGACGGCUCCGUUUAGUCCAGACUAUUUAAUGGCAAUACUGGAGACAGAGCUACUCAUCCUCAGGGAACAGAAAUGGUGCACAAACUUCUGCUGCCCAUCGCUUUAGCAGCAAUCCUCAUCUCACCUGAGCCGUCAGGUGCCACAGCCACCAAAACAAAAACUCAAGUGAAGAACAACUCAGGUGUGACACCAGCUGGGCAGUGUGGGACCUGGGUAAAGGAGCCCGAUGGAGGGUAUUUCACCUCACCCAACUACCCUGAGAAAUACCCAGCUGAGAGGGAAUGUGUGUACAUUAUAGAAGCCUCUCCCCGCCAGUGCAUCGACUUGUUUUUCGAUGAGAAGUAUUCCAUCGAGCCAUCCUGGGAGUGUAAGUUUGACCACAUUGAGGUCCGCGAUGGGCCCUUUGGUUUCUCGCCCAUCAUCGGCCGAUACUGUGGGCAGGAAAGCCCCGCAUAUGUCCGCUCCAGUGGGAGGUACCUGUACAUCAAGUUUGUGGCUGAUGGAGAACUGGAGGCCACUGGUUUCUCUGCCCGGUAUAACUUCACACAAGAUCCUGAGUUCAAAGAGCUUGGGGAACUGCCAGCACUGCCAUUUUGUGACUUUGAGCUGAGUGGUCCGGAGGGUUUUGUGGAAUCAGCGCAGAUAGCCAGAGAGAGCCGGGCACUGCAGACUGAAGCUGUGGACUGCAGGUGGUACAUCAGGGCUCCACCAAGAGCUAAGAUCUACUUGCGUUUUCUGGAGUAUGAGAUGCACAACUCAAAUGAGUGCAAGCGUAACUUUGUUGCCAUCUACGACGGCAGCAGUUCAGUUGAGCACUUGAAGAAUAAGUUCUGCUCCACGGUGGCCAACGACGUCAUGCUGGUGUCCUCUGUGGGUGUGGUGAGGAUGUGGGCAGACGAGGGAAGCAGGAAGAGCAGAUUCAAGAUCCUCUUCACAACCUUCCUUGAACCUCCAUGUGAUGGAGACACUUUCUUUUGCCAUAGCAACAUGUGCAUCAAUCAGACUCUGGUCUGCAACGGUAUCCAGAACUGUGUUUACCCAUGGGAUGAGAAUCACUGCAAAGAGAAGAGGAAGGCCAGCAUCCUGGACACUCUGGAUCACACUAACCUCACCAUCAUUGGAGUAACCUGUGGCCUGGUUGUCAUCCUGCUCAUCAUCUCGGUCAUCAUCCAGGUCAAACAACCUCGUAAGAAAUACAUCAUCCGCAGAGAUGACUUUGACCCUGCCCUCCUCCACCCCGGCUUUGAACCCCCUCACUACGAGCUCUGCACUCUGCGCCGUGCCCCGUCCGGCGACCUGACUGACGCCGCCCUGGCCGAGGACUUUGAGAAGUUCCACAAGCUCCGCCGCUCCUCCUCCAAAUGCAUUCAUGACCACCACUGUGGCUCGCAGCAGGGAAGCAUGCAUGGCAGUGUCCACGGUAGCCGCAGCAACCUGAGCAUGAGAGACGCCGAUGCAUCCGAUGGGGGGGCACUUGUGCCACCGCUGCCACCGGUGAUGGUGAGCCAGCAGUCGCCACGCCUCUCCCACCACAUUACCCCAGCCGGCCGAAGGAGCAUCCUGGUAAUGAAGCAUAGUUAUUCUCAGGACGGGGCGGAGGGGUACAGAGCGGAGGAGGAGGAUGAUUUGAUGAUGGAUGAUGGUCCCACAACCAGCAGGCACCAUAUUCACCACCAUCAGAUGCACCACGGCACGACAGGGCUGGACCACACUGUCCACCGUACACUGUCUAAUGACUUCUAAUGUAAGGCAACAUGCUAAGCAAAAAGUUGUUUAUGAAUCAAGACCUGAAUGUAUCUGCACUCAAAUUGACUGAAGGAGUAAAUAGGAGGGAUAAUGGUGAUUUGAUGAAGAGUAGCAUAACCUCAGUUUUGAUCUAUUGAAGUUAACUCCUCCCCCCUUUUUAAACCCUUUUUUAAAAUGACAUUUUAGUUUAAAUGACUAAAACUAAGAUGAUCUUUACAGCUCUUGUUAGACUGUUUCUUGGUCCCAUAUAUUCCAAGUGAAAUGCAAGUUUGACAUUGUAUGAGCAGAAAUGGUGGAGUGGAGCUUGUGAAACAUGUACCAGUGAUUAUAAUAGUAAUUCACCUCAGCCAAAGAGUUUAGAAGCAGGUGUGGCACAUCUGCUAUGAUAAUUUGAUAUACUCGGAUGGAUUUGCCAGGGAAGUGAACUUUUUGAGAUAAUCUCCACUCAUUCAAACACUUCACACAUCAUUUUUUUCUUUUGUUCCUUGUUCAGCCUGACAUUAUAACUCUGGGGUAGAGUUUAUUCAUGAGUGCAUCAUAUUUGAGGUCAUUCUGUGAAUGGAUGAUGUGUUGCUGUGUUUCCUAUACAGUGUGCUUGGAUAUUAGUGGUGCACCACCAAAGAAAGAAAGUUAUGUGACCACUGCUAGGUAAAUGCUAGACUUAAUUUAUUUUACAUAUAAUUUAUGCCAGUUUCACCAAAAUAUAAUCAAACUGAGAAUUAUUAAUUUUCCUUCUACAUAUUAUCCACCAAGAGAUUUUUCUUGUGUACUGCUCCACAAUUAAAUCGGAAGAAAAAAUAAACCAGAUAUUAGCAAAAACAGCAUAAAAUGGAAACGCUAAAUACUGUCAUCAUACUAUUCAGUACAACAAAGAAAAAAAUGUUUUGUGAAAACACUGUUUUUAAAAUAUAGGAUAGAGGGCUUGAAAGGUGUCACACUAUUUUGAAGCAUAUCAAACUCUGAACGGAAAAGGAAUCGUGGUGAAAACUGAAACUUAUAUAUUCUGUUUGUGAAUGGAUACAUUAUUUUAUCAUUUGUUUUUGGUUAUUUUUGGAAAUAUGUAUUGGUGUUCAUUUAUGUGUGUUUGCUUUUCAAUUCUUGGUUUGUCCUGUGCUGCACCAUUUUUCUUUUGGCUGAUUUAUUUUCAUUUUG